AUUUGUGGCCCGUGCUUUGGAGCUCAAGGCAACCUGGAUUACGGAACCGUCUCCCAUCACCACCUCGAACCCACCUACAGCGGCAUACCUUCUGUACUCUUUAACAAUCAACGCGACCACUUCCUCGAGACCCCACGAUUCUACGUCGAUACCGCCUUCAACUCGAACUUCUCCCAAAAAGAACUUAAUCGAAACAGAGAUUCGGCAGUAGGACGUUGAGUCCUCAUCCUACAUCAUGCCUUCCGCUACCGGCCAGAACUGGGAGAAAUACCAAAAGACCUACGCCGAUGACGAGGUCGAAGAGAAGAAGAUCACACCAUUGACCGACGAAGAUAUCCAGGUGCUGAAGACCUACGGCGCUGCGCCGUACGGUGCUGCCAUUAAGAAGCUCGAGCAACAGAUCAAGGAGAAGCAAACAAGUGUAGAUGAGAAGAUCGGUGUCAAGGAAUCCGACACGGGACUUGCCCCUCCUCACCUUUGGGACGUAGCAGCAGACCGGCAACGCAUGUCAGAAGAACAACCCCUCCAGGUUGCGCGGUGUACGAAGAUUAUCCCGGACGAGAAGGACGACUCCAAGAGCAAAUAUGUCAUCAACGUCAAGCAGAUCGCCAAGUUCGUCGUCCAGCUUGGCGAGAGAGUGAGCCCUACAGAUAUCGAGGAGGGCAUGCGAGUUGGUGUCGACCGGAACAAGUACCAGAUCCUCCUGCCGCUCCCGCCCAAGAUCGAUGCUAGCGUUACGAUGAUGACUGUCGAGGAGAAGCCUGAUGUUACAUACGGGGAUGUUGGUGGAUCAAAGGAGCAGGUCGAGAAGCUGCGAGAGGUCGUCGAGAUGCCCCUCCUCUCGCCGGAGCGGUUCGUCAACCUCGGUAUCGAUCCUCCGAAGGGUGCCCUUCUCUACGGACCCCCGGGUACUGGAAAGACGCUCUGCGCCCGAGCUGUCGCCAACAGAACGGAUGCCACCUUCAUCAGAGUCAUCGGCAGUGAGCUGGUUCAGAAGUACGUCGGCGAGGGAGCGAGAAUGGUGCGUGAGCUUUUCGAGAUGGCGCGGACGAAGAAGGCAUGCAUCAUCUUCUUCGACGAAAUUGACGCCAUUGGUGGUGCCCGUUUCGACGACGGUGCCGGCGGAGAUAACGAAGUCCAGAGAACCAUGCUUGAGCUCAUCACCCAGCUCGAUGGUUUCGACGCCCGCGGCAAUAUCAAGGUCAUGUUUGCCACCAACAGACCCUCUACCCUCGACCCUGCCCUGAUGAGACCGGGUCGUAUCGAUCGUAAGAUCGAGUUUUCCCUGCCCGACCUUGAGGGUCGUGCCAACAUUCUGCGUAUCCACGCCAAGAGCAUGUCGGUCGAGCGCGACAUCCGGUGGGAGCUCAUCUCGCGUCUAUGCCCCAACGCUACGGGUGCUGAGCUUCGCAGUGUUUGCACGGAGGCUGGUAUGUUCGCUAUUCGUGCCCGAAGAAAGGUGGCGACGGAGAAGGACUUCCUCAGCGCUGUCGACAAGGUCAUCAAGGCCAACCUCAAGUUCAACUCAACGGCCAGCUACAUGCAAUACAACUAAGGAAGGAAACCCAAAGAGUGACGGCAAGGGCAGGGUAACGGAGUUCGACAUGUCUGUUUUAGGCUGUAAGAAUAGGCAAGGCUUCGGAUCGGGGAAGGGCUAGAAGGGCAUGAUGAUACCUCGUUCCCGAGAAAGAGGGAAUUAGAUCAUGCUUCCAUGUGCCAACAAGAAUCACACAAGCCUGAGCGAAUCAAUGCUACAGCGAUGAUUCGAAUCGACUCUAUUUAAAUGAUGGGCCCAUGUGGUUUUAGUUUGAUUUGACUGAUUUGGUAUUGUUGACCAUAGAAUUACAUUUAUCUGCACCAGA